AUGCAUCGGUUCCCACUCGAUUUCACGACAGUUUUGAGAGAAACGUCAGAAAUCUACCAUAUAUGUCCUCACUCAGUCAUCUUUAACAACAAUGCCGAAAUAUUCAAGGUAAUCUCCAUUCUGUCUUGGGCAGCGGCGAAGUCUCCGACAGCUCCGACAGUGGACGAGCCUGUGACUCCGCCUUUAACAAGUUGCGACCAAGCACCGAUUCGAAUUUUGUGCGUCACUGGUAACCACUGUGAGAUUGUCAAUGGAAGGCCGCAAUGCGUGCCGGAUGCAGUGCCAAUCCCACGAUGCGCUCAAGUCCGAGUAAGAUGCAUUGCUGGACAUCAUUGUGAAGAUACACCAACUGGUAUUACAUGUGCUCCCGAUCCAGGUAGGCUAUCUAACGUUAUAGAUCCAGCAAAGUUUGUCCUAUCAAUGAGGAGUUCAAUAUAUGCGCAUCGGACUGUGAGCGGACCUGUGUUCCUAUGGGACGGUGGGACGACUGAUAGCCUACUCGGAAAUGUUCCUCACAUAAACAAAACUUCAACUCUCAAUCGCGUGUGCUUACCACCAAAGUGCCAGUGUAAGAAUGGAUUUGUACGUGAAGGUGGACGGUGCAUUGAUCCCAACUCCUGCUCGAACAGGCGGCCGAUACCGACGACCACCCAAAACUACGGUAUCCGGAAAUAA